UCAGUUGUCAAUAUAAAUGACACUUUAUGUUAUAAAUUAAAACAUAUAUUUGUAAUUUUGCAAAUUAAAAUCAAAAUAAGAAUUGUGUAAAUGAGAAAUAUAUAAUAAUUGUGAGAUGAGAAAAUAAACCACUGUUAUGUUUUCAUCGUAGUACGCAUUGUAAUGAUUAAUAGCAAAACUUUCGUUAAUUAGCUUAACAAUUACUUAGUGUUAAAUAUUGCAUCAAAAAAUUGUUAUCCUAAGAAUUUAGCUGUUAUUUCUGACCAUGUCUGAUAUUUCUGAGGCAUCGCCAACUGAUUCUAAAGUUAUCAGUGAUGAAAAAUCCAAUGUUAAUGGUGAAGGUGAUUUGGAUGAUGACAUGUCCGCUAAAAUGACCGCAUCUUAUAGUGAAAUAUCUUUUCAUUCAGACAAUGGACAAAAUGAUGAAACAAAAGUAGCAGGUCCAUCAAGACCAUACGAUCUUCCAUCAGAGAACAGGAGACAGGACAAAAUACCCUUAGAUAUAGAUGGGCAUGUUCGGUAUGUAGGUGAAAUGACCCAUUAUGUAGCAGAUGAUUUAGAGUUCAAGAUAAAACUAUCAAGCCCAGUAACAAAAAAGGGUGAAACACCCGUCUUUGGCAGUUCUAGUGCUUCACGAUCAAGCACACCUUCUGGUAAACUAUACAGGCAAAUUUUAGCACCACAGAUAGGACAGAUAGAUAUAACAGUCCUGAAUGACUUAGAACAUGAAGCUCAAAAAAUUGCACAAUCUGUUGAUAAUCUUAUAGAGAACUUAUCUAGCAUUCUACAUUCUAAUUCAUCACUAACAGCUGAAAACAUGGAUGUAUAUAAAGAUGCGGUUGGAAAAACUUGUGAUGCAAUGGACAAUAAUAUAAAAAGUAUGUAUACAAUUCUGGCUAAAGGAGAAGAAGUAUCUCAAGCCAUGAUUCCGGUUCAGGCACAAGCAAAUAGACUCACUGAAAUAAAGAGAUUAUUACAAAUAUUUGAAAGUUACUUUUAAGUAUACAUACUUCCAUAUAUUUUAAGGAUAGUUGUUCAGUAUUUUCAAUUUUGGGUAUUAUUUUUAAGUUUUACAUAAUUUUAACAGAGCAGUAUGUUUUUAUUAAUUUAAAUUAAAAAUAAAUUUGUAUGAAGUUGUCUAUUGUAUAAUAAUGU